AUGACUCAAACAUUGAGAAAAUAUGAUUCGAUUUUCAUCGAAUGGUUUGAUGAGAUUAUAUUUCACUCAUCAAAUAUAAGUUAUCAAAUUCAGAAUUGGUUUACUACUGAGAAGACUAUCUUGAGUCAACCAAUCAAACUGAAUCAUGCAAAACAUCUAUGGAAAUCAAAAAAUGAGCAACCAUUAUUAAGUGGAUUCUAUAUUGAGUGGAAAACAAAUGUUAUUUCUUAUAUGAAUUCCUAUAUGAAUAGUGUGUACAGUUUGAAUCCAUAUCAGUUUUCAUUAUUCAUAAAUCACAAAUCAAAAUUUUAUACUUCUCAAACAGUACAACUUAUGAGUGGAUCCUAUGAAAUUUUUGGUUAUCAAUCGGAUAAACAAAUUGAUUGGAAUUUUCAUUUAAAUAAUAGUUUUAAACUUGCCACUGUUUCUAAUUUGUCAAUGGAAAUAUUAUUUGAUCCAUGGAGUUAUAAUUAUGAAUUAUUUAAAUACAUAAAAACUGAUUUUUUCAUGAAAAAUGGUAAACCAUAUAUCAAUUCUCAAUCAUCAAUAUUAAAUCAUUCAAUAGAAACAACAAUUCAUCCUUUUAAUUGGUUACAUUUAAAUAUUGAAAGAUUAUGUAAUUCUGAAGACAAAUACUUAUCGAUCCAAUGGUUUCAAAUCAACAUCAUUGAAAUUAAAGGAUUUUUAUUUCAAUUUAAUUAUUUAUCUACUAGUCAUGAAGAAACAAAAAACAAUCUAACUAACACUAAUCACUUUUUUAUUCAUCGAUUAAAUGUAUCUAUGCAACAGAAUCAUAAUUUACAAAAUAAUAUUUUCCAAUUCAAUAUUAAGAUAAAAUAUCAGAAUAAUAAUUUACAAUAUGUUGAUUUAAAUUGUUUAGUAUUUCAGAAAGAUUUAUAUCAUUUACAAAUUGACAUUACUCAAGACGGUUUAAUACAAGCGAUAGGCUACUUUAAUGAACAAAGAAUGAUCAAAGCAAAUGGAAGUUUAGAGGUUCAAGGAAACGAUACAAAUGCAAGGAUACAGCUUCAUAAUCCUUCCAUAUUUUUAAAUGUUAGUUUUAAAAAAUACCACAAUUCUCUUCUCGUUGUACGAGCAAUUAGUCAAGCUGAUCAUUACCCAUUCCAAUUCAGUUAUGAAAGACUAUUCUUCAUCAUUCAAUGA